UAUCAACUAUAUAAGAAGCGAGUUGCACGAGUCCAGUUUGAUUAGUCGACAGCAGUUCGAAUGGAAUAGAGUAGAAUAGAGUUCUAGUUUCAAGUUUUUUUUCUCUCCCCUAUCAUCUUAAAAAAAAAUAAUAAUAAUAAUAAUAGUGAUCCCUCAAAUAAUAACAAAAAGGGUGAUAUCCAAAUAUUGUGUAGUUUUUUAAUUCAGUUUUCUGAAUUUGGAUUUUUUAAAAAAAAGGAUUAGUGAACCUUGAGAGUGGCCGAUGACGAGGUUACGUGGAAUUUGCCUAAUUGGCCUUCUUCACCUCCUUGUCGUUAUUGACCUAUCUCAAGGUCGAAGCGACUAUGGGAAAUUUUUCGAAAAGUGUACCAUCGAGAAGAAUCCAUUCGAUUGUUUCAAGAGAAGGGCCCUUGAGGUCCUUGACUCGGCGAUCAAGGACGAUACCGUUUAUGUGAUCAAUGAUUAUAUCUCGAUAGCAAAAGAUUCAAAUGUAAAGAGUAGUAGUAAUAGUAAUAGUAAUAGUGGUAGCAGUAGUAGUAGUAGUAGUAGUAGCAGUAAUACUAGUAGUGACGAGGGAACGGAUAAUAAUACCACCGAGAGGAGUCUUGAUCAGGAGCUUGAUCAGAAAUUCCAUGAUUAUCUUUCGUCUAGGAGUGUUCGUCUCACGAUCCCUGGUGAUACCUUUGAAGGGCGUGGGAAAAAGAAGGGGAAGGGGUAUGGAGCUGCUUUGAUGAUGGGAGGACUUGCCAUGGCAGGUGUACUGGCACAGUUGGCAUUCGGGAAAAUAGCAUUCCUCGCAGGAACUGCAUUAUUAACGGCAAAAAUUGCUCUCGUAUUAAGCGCCAUCAUUGGAUUGAAGAAGCUGGUCUCAAGCGGUGGUGGUGGACAUGAAGUCAUUUAUGCCACAGCGUCUGAACAUCAUGGAGGUGGUGGUGGCGGCGGCGGUGGUGGUUACGGUGGAGGCGGAGGUUGGCAACGAGCCCUUGAAGCAAUAACACACUCUUGAAAUUAUUUUUCUAGUACAAUAUUCAACUUCUAGUUUGACUCAAAUUGAUGCAAUUAACCGCCAUUUUCUCAAGAAAUGUGAAUAAUAUUAUAUUGUUCAUAUAACUUGCCUGCGAAGACUUUCAUCUUUAAAUUAUAAGUAUCAAUUUCUAACCAAUUUUAUUUAUUUAUUUAUUUAGUCGUAAAUAAUCAAUAAAUUGAAUAUUUACGGUAGUUAAGGAUUUUAUUAUUAACGAUUUUAGAUCAAUUUUUUCUUUUGUAAAUUGAUAAUUUUUCAUUUGAUCGAAUUGUAAAAUUGAGAAUUUGAAUUUUGAAGAAUUUAAUAAUAUUAUAGUCAAUGAUUUUGUUUAAUUUAUUAAUUGAUUAUUGAUAUUAUUUAAGAAUUUUUUAGAAUUAAUAUAAGUGGUGGUUGAUUCAUCGGCUACAUCCAAAAUUAUUGUUACUUAUUUGUAUUUCUUUGAUUUCCUAUUAAAAAAAAAAAAAAACGUUUUUAUAAAGACGAUUUUUAUAAAUAUAUACACAAUAUUUAUUUUAUA